UUCCGCAGCUUUCUAUUUCUCUAUCGAUCAUCUGCCCAAAACAACUUCCCAAAGUUAAAGCCAUUUACAGUGCGGGAAAAUGAAAUAAUAGAGCUGCUGAUCCACCAGUUGAUGCUAAAACCACUCAUUUCCUUGUUUUAAUAUCAGAAGGUUUCAGGGAAGCCCGUGGCGCCUUCAGUCGUUCUGAAGCAAACUUGCCUUCAAAUCAAAGUCCUGUGAAAGUAGAUUCUGCAUCUACAAUACCAGUUAUGGGGGCACCCCCCAACUACAUUACCAUCAGUGAAUGGAUCUAUUGCAAACCGACAACCAAUACCUGUUGGGACUGUAACUCCUGCUACUGUUAAAGUGGAACCAGUUCCCGUAACUUCCAUGGUAAUUGGGUCAGCUUUUCAUCAUAAUUCGUCAGUUGCACGUCCUACUAGUACUGUUCAAGGAGUUCCAAGCUUGUAGACAUCUUCUCCGUCUUCUGUUUCUCAAGAUAUUAUGACAAGUAAUGAAAAUGCACAGGAUACAAAGCCAAUAGUGUCAAUGUUGCAGCCACGUCCUGUGAAUCAAGCUCAAGCAAAUGUGAACAUUUUGAAUAAUCUCUCUCAACCACGGCAGGUCAAAAUGUAUUUUCAUCUGGACCGCCAGCAAUAACUAGUUCUAGAUCUCUUACUGCUUCUGCACAGGUCAGACAAAACUCAGGUCCUGUUGAUUGCUGCAGCUGAUAGUUCAGAGGGUCUACCUUCAACCAUCAGACGCUGCUUUAGCCAUGAAACGAAAAUGGGGCCUUUGAUAGAAGAGCAAAGGGCUGAGAUGCUAUUUCACUCACCGGAAAAUAUUUAUGGACUCCACUCUAAUACUGAUUUAGAGGGUUUUGCAAAAGAAAUAAUUGGACAGACAUCUGGUUUCAUGCCCAAGGAUAUGUGUGCUUUAAUUACAGAUGCUGGUGCCAACUUAUUUCCCAGCAGCAAUGCCGAAGUAGAGAAAGUUGAACCCGAAGGUGCAGAUAGUUCUUUUAGUUCAAAGGUGGCAGGGGACAACAACGAGUCAGAAGUUUCAGCUCAAAAACCUGGGAAAGAAGACUUGGUGAAUGCUUUGGAACGAUCAAAGAAAAGAAAUGUGUCAGCAUUGGGCACUCCAAAGGUUCCAAACGUAAAAUGGGACGAUGUUGGUGGGCUUGAAGAUGUCAAAAAAAUCAAUCCUGGAUACUGUUCAGUUGCCUCUCUUGCAUAAAGAUCUAUUUGCAUCUGGGCUACGCAAGCGGUCGGGUGUUCUUUUGUAUGGUCCCCUUGGAACUGGCAAAACAUUAUUAGCAAAAGUUGUUGCUACUGAGUGUUCCUUAAACUUUCUUAGUGUGAAGGGUCCUGAACUGAUCAACAUGUACAUAGGCGAGUCUGAGAAGAAUGUUCGAGAAAUUUUUUAGAAGGCCCGAUCAGCCCGUGCAUGUGUCAUCUUCUUUGAUGAGCUGGACUCUCUUGCACCUGCUCGGGGAGCUUCCAGAGAUUCUGGGGGUGUUAUGGACAUAGUGGUUUCGCAGAUUCUUGCAGAAAUUGACGGCUUAAGUGAUUCAACACAGGAUCUAUUUA